AUGGGAAUUUGUAUAUCUACCAAUCAAAGUGGUCUUUUGAUUAAUAAUACUGACAUAAAAAACAAUGAUGAAAAAUAUAACUAUAGUUUAGAAGAAAAUUAAAUUGAUGUAGAGAGCCCAGAGAUAUGUUUAUUAGACACAAAUGAGCUGCAUAAAAAUUCUGUAAAAGCAACCAAAGAAUAAUGUUAAAGGGAAUAAGUAAAUAGAAUUGUCAACGUACAUGACUAAUCUAAUUCACAAAGAUACUUUUUUGUUUAUGAUUAAUUGUACAAUGUAAAACGUAAAGUGCCAAAGCUAAAAAGUAUUAGUCAAAGCACUUUAAUUCAAAAACGUAAGUAAUAAAUACUUUGA